GGCGCGGGCGGGCGGCCGUCGGGGCAGGGCGGCGGCAGCGGCGGCGGCGGCUGAGGAGGGCCCGGCCUGCGAGAGCCUCAGUGGGAGCCGGCUCAGCCCUCGGCCACCAUGUCGGCGCCGUCGGAGGAGGAGGAGUACGCGCGGCUGGUGAUGGAGGCGCAGCCGGAGUGGCUGCGCGCCGAGGUGAAGCGGCUGUCCCACGAGCUGGCCGAGACCACGCGUGAGAAGAUCCAGGCGGCCGAGUACGGGCUGGCGGUACUCGAGGAGAAGCACCAGCUCAAGCUGCAGUUCGAGGAGCUCGAGGUGGACUAUGAGGCUAUCCGCAGCGAGAUGGAGCAGCUCAAGGAGGCCUUUGGACAAGCACACACAAACCACAAGAAGGUGGCUGCUGACGGAGAGAGCCGGGAGGAGAGCCUGAUCCAGGAGUCGGCCUCCAAGGAGCAGUACUACGUGCGGAAGGUGCUAGAGCUGCAGACGGAGCUGAAGCAGUUGCGCAAUGUCCUCACCAACACGCAGUCGGAGAAUGAGCGCCUGGCCUCUGUGGCCCAGGAGCUGAAGGAGAUCAACCAGAAUGUGGAGAUCCAGCGUGGCCGCCUGCGGGAUGACAUCAAGGAGUACAAAUUCCGGGAAGCUCGUCUGCUGCAGGACUACUCGGAACUGGAGGAGGAGAACAUCAGCCUGCAGAAGCAAGUGUCUGUGCUCAGACAGAACCAGGUGGAGUUUGAGGGCCUCAAGCAUGAGAUCAAGCGUCUGGAGGAGGAGACCGAGUACCUUAACAGCCAGCUGGAGGAUGCCAUCCGCCUCAAGGAGAUCUCAGAGCGGCAGCUGGAGGAGGCGCUGGAGACCCUGAAGACGGAGCGCGAACAGAAGAACAGCCUGCGCAAGGAGCUGUCACACUACAUGAGCAUCAAUGACUCCUUCUACACCAGCCACCUGCAUGUCUCGCUGGAUGGCCUCAAGUUCAGUGACGAUGCUGCCGAGCCCAACAACGAUGCCGAGGCCCUGGUCAAUGGCUUUGAGCACGGCGGCCUGGCCAAGCUGCCACUGGACAACAAGACCUCCACGCCCAAGAAGGAGGGCCUCGCACCGCCCUCCCCCAGCCUCGUCUCCGACCUACUCAGUGAGCUCAACAUCUCUGAGAUCCAGAAGCUGAAGCAGCAGCUGAUGCAGAUGGAGCGGGAAAAGGCGGGCCUGCUGGCAACGCUGCAGGACACACAGAAGCAGCUGGAGCACACGCGGGGCUCCCUGUCAGAACAGCAGGAGAAGGUGACCCGCCUCACAGAGAAUCUGAGUGCCCUGCGGCGCCUGCAGGCCAGCAAGGAGCGGCAGACAGCCCUGGACAACGAGAAGGACCGUGACAGCCAUGAGGAUGGGGACUACUACGAGGUGGACAUCAACGGGCCUGAGAUCUUGGCCUGCAAGUACCAUGUGGCUGUGGCUGAGGCUGGCGAGCUCCGCGAGCAGCUCAAGGCACUGCGCAGCACGCACGAGGCUCGUGAGGCCCAGCACGCCGAGGAGAAGGGCCGCUAUGAGGCUGAGGGCCAGGCACUCACGGAGAAGGUCUCCCUGCUGGAGAAGGCCAGCCGCCAGGACCGCGAGCUGCUGGCCCGGCUGGAGAAGGAGCUAAAGAAGGUGAGCGACGUCGCCGGCGAGACACAGGGCAGCCUGAGUGUGGCCCAGGAUGAGCUGGUGACCUUCAGUGAGGAGCUGGCCAAUCUCUACCACCACGUGUGCAUGUGCAACAAUGAGACACCCAACCGUGUCAUGCUGGACUACUACCGCGAGGGCCAGGGCGGGGCCGGCCGCACCAGUCCCGGGGGCCGCACCAGCCCCGAGGCGCGCGGCCGGCGCUCACCCAUCCUCCUACCCAAGGGGCUGCUGGCUCCUGAGGCGGGCCGAGCAGAUGGUGGGACGGGGGACAGCAGCCCCUCACCUGGCUCCUCACUGCCAUCACCCCUGAGUGACCCACGCCGGGAGCCCAUGAACAUCUACAACCUGAUCGCUAUCAUCCGUGACCAGAUCAAGCACCUGCAGGCAGCCGUGGACCGCACCACGGAGCUGUCACGCCAGCGCAUUGCCUCGCAGGAGCUGGGCCCCGCCGUGGACAAGGACAAGGAAGCGCUUAUGGAGGAGAUCCUCAAGCUGAAGUCGCUGCUCAGCACCAAGCGGGAGCAGAUCACCACGCUGCGCACUGUGCUCAAGGCCAACAAGCAGACGGCCGAGGUGGCCCUUGCCAACCUGAAGAGCAAGUAUGAGAAUGAGAAGGCCAUGGUUACCGAGACCAUGAUGAAGCUGCGCAAUGAGCUCAAGGCCCUCAAGGAGGACGCAGCCACCUUCUCCUCGCUGCGUGCUAUGUUUGCCACCAGGUGUGACGAGUACAUUACACAGCUGGAUGAGAUGCAGCGGCAGCUGGCGGCUGCUGAGGACGAGAAGAAGACGCUGAACUCGCUGCUGCGCAUGGCCAUCCAGCAGAAGCUGGCGCUGACCCAGCGGCUGGAGCUGCUCGAGCUGGACCACGAGCAGACCCGGCGUGGCCGUGCCAAAGCCGCCCCGAAGACCAAGCCAGUCACACCGAGCCUGUAGAGUAGCUGCCAGGAGGACUUGGCCACCCGGCCCUGUCACACUGCAGCCCCUUCCCCUUCCCUCUCGUGGCCCACAAGGAGGAAGGAAGGGCAACCUAAAAGCCCAGUUAGAAACUUUUUGGAUAUGCCACUGCAAUUCUUUUCAAAAUAGCAUUCCCCAGGUUUUUAAUGGGAGGAAAAAAAGCUUUAAUGUUGAGCAUGCUGCGAGCUGCUGCGUGGAAAGGCCUCUGUAUGGGCCGAAGACCCUUCUUCCCUGGCUGCCAGGCUCGCCAGGAGCCCACUGGAAACGCCCACCACGGGGGCUCCUUGUUACACAUGUUCUUUUUUUAUCCGAUCAACCUGUGCACUUUUGAUAUUUUGAUAUUAUAUUUGCUUCCUUAAUUCCUCGCGUAGAGACGGUCUCAGGUGCCGUGGUCUAUGCUCGUGGUCCUGUAGCUGUCCGCCUCAGCUCCCACCGUGUUUGUCUGGUGUCAGCACGAGGCAGAGCUGUGUGCUCCAUAGCGUGUAGCUUUAGACUCGGAGAUGAGUGCUUUGACCCAGCGAGGAGCUCAGCUAAGUGUAUCCACGCUGUGGUUCAGCAGCCUUUAGAUCAUACGGCAUUGUGGUUCAUGUUUGAAAUUACAGAUUUUAAAUGCCAUGUUCAUUAAGAAAUCCAGGGUAUUCAGAUUCUGGGGUUUUUCAUAUUGUAUUAUUAUUAUUCUUAGGAAUAGUUCAAUGUAACAAGAAGAAAACUUGACCUUUGCUCUGGUUAAAACAGUAAUAGGCACUUGAAAAAAAAAAGAUAAAUUAUUGAAUGAGUAGUAUUACCUACAAAUUCCAGAAUUUUCUGGGUUUUAGGACGUUGUGAAGCAUGACUGAUUAACAGAAUUUUAUACAACUGUACCAAUAAAAUUCCAAAUUGGAAUUGUUUUGUUACUCUGGUUGUUGUGCCAAAUUGUGGUACACUUAGAAAAUUCUACAGUCGUCGAUUUUUAGGGUGUUCUCUUUCAACACCUUUUUGUUAGUAAUCAUUGCCAGUAGUGCCUUCAUCAGUUAAGGGAGGUGUCCCAGCACAGAUCAUUCUCAAAAGCGAGCAGGGAAGAGCUAGUGGGCAUGCUGAAGGCCAGCGUGGACAGCAGGUGAGGCAGGCGCUCCUCACACCCGGACCUGGGCAUCUUCAUUGAGGGAAAGAAAACAGUCAUUGUGCAAAAUUCUGUUAGUCAGUGAUUCUUUACUUGCAAAUUCAGGGGCUUAGAAAAUGAAAGCAAACACAAAACCUUGAGUGUGCUUUGGGAACCAAAUGGACCUUCUGGGACAAGCUGAGCAAGCUGUAUGAACGCCACGUUUGUGAAGAGCUGAGGGUAUCAGGAGGGCCGACGCUGUGUUGGCAUGCGCAGUAGGGGAUGAGGGUUAGCCAUAGUAUUCUUUGCAAAUGUGAAAGCGAGACAUUAUAUCUUCUCUUGCUUGGUGUAACUAAUCACUGUUAAUUUCAGGAAACAGAACUCAUUAAAACUCCUUAGCAAACCAGGUCUACAUCCUGUUUUGUUUGCUGAGUGAGGUUAGUGGGAGUGGUCAAAUUGGUACUCUUGGAGGAAGAAAAACUGUCCUUCCUUCUCCAAAAAAGGAAAAAUUAUAAUAAUAUAAAUGACAAAAAUAAAAGAAUUCUGUUUCCUGGAAUAAGCAUUUCUUAUUCCUAGUUGUAGGGACUCCUAUUUUUACCUUCCGUUACAGUGUUGAUUCAUAAGAAAUAUUGUUACAUUUGAGAUAACUUCAUCUGUAUGGGGUAUUUAUUUGCAAUGAUGUCUGAGUACUGUAUUUUUUCUGUGCAUUACCUUAGUGUCAGAAUGUUGGUCUUUAUUUUAAAGUCAUAUGCAUGUUCUCCUGCCAAGGAACCUUUACACAGACCCAAACAAAAAAAUAAUAAUCAAAUGCCUUCAGUUUCUGAGAAAAUGAGGCAGAGCAUGGAAAAGGAAUAGGAAGGAGAAAUUAAUUGAGAUUUUCAGGACACAGACAUAUGAUGUGAAUGCCUACAAAGCCAGUGCGCAUAGGAACAGUGGGCCUGGGUAAAGAGUCACAUUGGUAGGACCAAUAAAGAAUAAUAAAAAGACAAAGCACA